GCGUAGUUCGCUGGCGAAUGUCCUGACCGACGGUUGUGUGGCGGACUGGAAAGGACCCAACGGAAUAGGGCUACGGAUAGCAUUUCAAUCCGGGCAAAUCCAAGUUCAAGAUUGUAAUGUUUUUUUAAAAAAUGUCUUAGCAGUUCACAAAUUUUCUUGAUUUUUUUUUAUGUGCUAUAAGAAAUAAACCAAAAUGUAUCCCUAAAAUAUAAACAAGCAAAGGGUAACCAAAUACUUAAACAAGUUUCAAGUGAAAGCAAAAACCAUCUGUGCCCAAGUUUUUCGAAGUGUUUUCCGGGCAUUCCUUUUUUUAAGUUUACCACUGUUCAACGAUUUCGAGGCAUCAAAUCAGUUACGUUUCUCAUUUGGAGCCUGGAAUCACGGAUGCCAACUAAGGGCGAUAUAACUCACGGGGAUAUGCAAAUGCCGAGGUGGGCGUGGCCGAGGGCGUGUCGCAACAAGCAAAUGCGAAAAGCCAAACAAUAGAGACAGAGACAUCCAAUUAAAAAGGCCCUACAGAAUCGAAUACUAUAUAUAUACUUAUAUAUAUAUAUCUGCCAAGAUGGCUGGCCAUCGGUUGCCGGCUCUUUUGUUGGCGAUGCUAAUUAGCAGCUGGCCAAAAGCCUCUUUGGGCGCCACUGGAAACGGCAGCAUGGCAAGCGUUAGCAACAGUAGUGGCAACAAUUAUGCAUUCACCUCGGAACAAUCGGAUCACUCGGACCACAAUGCCAACGACUCCAUGGAAUAUGAUGCCGAGAGUGUGGCCCUUGAACGGAUCGUAUCGACAAUAGUUCCGGUGUUUUUCGGCAUUAUCGGAUUCGCAGGACUUUUGGGCAAUGGUCUGGUUAUUCUGGUGGUUGUGGCCAACCAGCAGAUGCGCUCCACCACCAACCUGCUGAUUAUCAACCUGGCCGUCUCGGACAUUCUGUUCGUCAUCUUCUGUGUCCCGUUCACGGCCACCGAUUACGUGCUGCCGGAGUGGCCGUUUGGCAACGUGUGGUGCAAGUUCGUCCAGUACAUGAUUGUGGUUACGUGCCACUGCAGUGUUUACACGCUGGUGCUGAUGUCCUUUGAUCGCUUCCUGGCCGUCGUUCAUCCCGUGACUAGCAUGUCCCUGCGAACGGAGCGCAAUGCCACACUGGCCAUCAUGUGCGCCUGGAUAACGAUUGUGACGACUGCGAUUCCGGUGGCACUUUCGCACUCGGUGCGGAUUUAUCAGUAUCACGGAAAUGCCGGCACCGCUUGCGUCUUUUCCACGGAGGAGGAGAUCUGGAGUCUCGUCGGUUUUCAGGUCUCAUUCUUUCUGUCGUCAUAUGUGGCACCCUUAACGCUGAUUUGUUUCCUGUACAUGGGAAUGCUGGCUCGUCUUUGGAAAAGUGCUCCUGGCUGCAAGCCAUCCGCAGAGUCACGAAAGGGAAAACGGCGCGUCACCCGAAUGGUUGUUGUUGUCGUAUUGGCAUUUGCCAUCUGUUGGCUGCCCAUUCAUGUUAUACUUGUGUUGAAGGCACUGGAUCUUUACGGCGGCAGCCACUUGUCGGUCAUUAUACAGAUUAUAUCCCAUGUGGUGGCCUACACAAAUUCCUGCAUCAAUCCCAUACUAUAUGCCUUCCUGUCCGACAACUUUCGCAAGGCAUUCCGCAAGGUGGUGUGGUGUGGAAGUCCGCCUCCUCUGAUGACCAAUCAACAGGUGACCAAGACCACGCGAACUGCAACCGGCAACGGAACGUCCAAUAUUGAAAUGCUCUAAGCGGCUCUCGAAAAUAAACUAAUUGAGAUCGUCACAUCAUUUUUGAAGGCGACAUACUAAAUCGAAACAGAAAAUGUGAAUUUAAAGCUAACAAAGGACACAAAAACUUAUGUUAGAAUGAAAACGCGGCGCAUAUAAGUUAACUAUAAUGUAUAUAUAGUAACCGAUAUAUGUCUAUAAGGAGAAUAUAAUUUUCCGAAUUAUAAAAUGUGAUUGUUUUGAUAGUUUAAAAUGUGUAAGCAUUAUUUUCCUAAGCAUAAGUAAAAUGAAACGUAUUUUAUGUUGAGUUUAUACGAUUGGUGUCCACUUUCAGCGCCGUGUAAGUUUCAUUUGGGACCUAGGACUUAAGAAUUUAACAAAUAAUUUUAAUUUUUAAGAAAGUUAAAGUUUAUAUCUGAAUUGGUUAAAUUUUGCACCUGAAAUAUUGAAAAUGGCAAACAAAAAUUUCCUGAAACAGAAAUUAAUAAGAGUUGACACACAAUUUAAUGAAUAGAUUUGAAAAGCAGAGAGAUUUCUGUAAAAAUUUGUAGAUUUCCAUGUUAUAAGCAAGUCAUACAUCAUUUAGCCAUUAAGCGUUUAAUAAUAUAAAUUUAUUAUUAAAAAAAGAAGAUGGAAGACAAAAGUUAUUAUAGAUUUACAUGACCACACAGAAAUUGAAAUUAGAUUUAACGAUUAAAAAGAUUUUUAAAAUUUUUUUUGUUCCCUAUUUAAAUAUAUGUUUUGGCAGAAAAGCAGAGAAAAUAGGUAAAAUUUAUGUAGCACGUAAGAGAACUUUUUAUUACCAGAGCUGUAAUUUUAGACGCAAGAAAUUGUUUCAAAGUCUUAAAUAACCGACUCUGGUACUUGUUUCUAGUACUAGCGAAGCUCAAUUGAAUAUAAGCGACCUAUAUAUAUUUAAGCCAAGUAUAAUCCCUUUAACCCUUUUUGUUAUGCAAAUUAAAUCAAUCAUUAAAUAGAUCACCAACAAAGAAACCGCAGAUAAAUACAAUGCUUUCAUCUGCAUAAAUUAUAGACCCCUUGAAUAAAACAAAAGUUAGCCAUAGGUCACCCGAAAGUCCUUUCCAUUUCCUACUACAAUUAAUUAAUUCAUAGAUUAGCCAAUUGUUGACCAUGCGAAAUUGGUAAUUUUUUAAGUUAAUCAUGUAAAUUACAAGUAUAUAUAAAUAACACAAUUUACGAACAUUUGACUAUUAAAUAAGGGACAUUAUAAAAACAUUUAUAUUGCUUUGUUGACUUUUUUUUCAUUUGCUUCGGCCUUGCCGAAUUUAAAUGUGGCGCAAAAAACAGGAAAUCAAAAAUGGGAGUAAGUGUUCCUAGUUAAAACCUUGUUUUUAUUCCUAAAGGAUGCUACAAAAACUUAAUUACAUUUAGCCUGGAACAUACAACCAAUGGAUAUAAUUUUAAAAUACUUUGUAAAUUACCUUACUCGAUAUUUAUAAAGACAAUUCUGAUUGAAUAUAUAUAUUUUGAAAUCCAUUAGGAACACAUACUCCCAAUUUAGUUAGCUACUGUAUUUAACAUAAAAAACUAUUGUAUCUAUAUAUAAGCAUAUGUAUAGCAACAUAGAUGCGUAUAUAUGUAUUUAUAUUUGUAUUUGUAAAUGUAUUCUACUGCAUUCCUAGCACAGUUGUGGAAUUGAACAAUAUUUGAAUUUAGAACGAAAACAACCGCAAAAAUAAUGGCGAAAUUUAACGGAGGAAAAAUUGAAAUAUUCUAGCAUAAGCGUAAAAUUUAAAAAGUUUUUUUGUGUACCCUGUAGGGUAUUAGCCGCCUAUCCUCACGAAAAUUCAAACAAAACUAGCGAAUAAAACAUGCAUUACGAAAUGUACUCAUCAAUUCUCCAUUUCAGUUAUGCAGCAAAUAGUUUAUUGCGUAAAAUGAAAAGCGGAACUUAUUGUAUUUGUAUAUGUAUGUAUAUGUACAAUAACAUUUGUUCAUUGUGUUAAAUAAAAUUGAUGACUCUGUGUACACAA